AUGGCGAGCCCCCAGGACAGCCCCCGCGAUAACGACGCGCCUAACGGCGACGGCGACGACCGGCACGACGACGCCCCCGCGCGCCGCAGCCGCUCGCGCUCCCCCGCCGACCGCCGCGAACGCAGCCGGAGCCGAUCGCCCCGCGGCAGGUCCCGCAGCCGAUCCCGCUCUCCCGCGCGGGGCGGGUACGGGUCGUCGCCGCCCCCGCGAGGCGAGCGCAAGACCGGCGUGGCGGGCCGCUGGAACCCCCGCGGGUUCGGCUUCAUCACCCCCGACCAGGGCGGCGAGGACCUCUUCUGCCACUUCUCCUCCAUCACCGACGGCAACAUGCUCAACGAGGGCGCGCGCGUCGAGUACGACGAGUCUUUCGACGACCGCAAGGGCAAGCCCCGCGCCGAGCGCGUCACCGGCGGCACGCAAGGCGAAGAUCGCGGACCCCCGCCCCCCCGCGACAACACCUGCCGCGACUUCAUGCGCGGCAACUGCAACCGCGAGAACUGCAGGUUCUCCCACGGCGACUCCGGCGGCGGCUACGGCGGCGGGCGCGGCGGCGGCGGCGGCUACGGCGGCGGCUACGGCGGCGGCGGCGGCUACGGCGGCGGCGGCGGUCGUUCGGACAUCUGUUACGACUUUCAGAAGGGAAACUGCACCAGGCAAUUCUGCAAAUUCUCCCACGACCUCGGCGGCGGCGGCGGCGGCGGCUACGGAGGCGGCCGCGAUUACGACCGAGGCGGCGCCCGCGAUUACGACAGGCGCGGAGGCGGCUACGACGACAGGCGCGGAGGCGGCUACGACGACCGGGGCAGGGACUCCUACCACCCUUACUCCCGCGACGACGAUCGCGGCGGCUACGGCGGCGGCCGCGACAGGCGCGACUCUCGCGGGUACGACGACCGACGCGGGCCGUAUUAA